AUGACUAGAAAGCACACCUCCACUGAAGGCCUCGAGACACGCUGGGCCUCGCAAAUGUCUGCUCAACUGCCCAAUCCAUUCGAGCCCGUACCUGCAGCUCGGCCUGUCCGAGCUCAGGCACCAACCGACGAGCCCGUCCGACCCGAGGAUUACUCGAAGCCAUACUGCGAGUUCAUGACCGACAAUCCUACGAUCUUCCAUGCCGUCAAAUCCUUCUCGAAGCAGCUCGAAGACCAUGGCUACAAGUACCUCUCCGAGCGAGCGGUGUGGACCUCGGAGCUCAAGCGCGGCGGGAAGUUCUACACCUCUCGCAACGGGAGCUCGCUGAUCUCCUUUAACGUGGGCUCACAGUACGAGAGUGGGAACGGCGUGGCUAUCGUCGCUGGCCACGUCGAUGCCUUGACUGCCAGGCUGAAGCCUGUUUCCAAGGUUCCCAACAAGGCAGGCUUUGAGCAGCUGGGUGUAGCCCCAUACGCCGGUGGUCUUGGUCCCACCUGGUGGGAUCGUGAUCUGGGAAUUGGCGGUCGCGUCCUUGUCCGUGAUCCCCAGACUGGAAAGGUCGAGACGAAGCUGGUCAAGCUUGACUGGCCCAUUGCCCGUGUGCCUACCCUGGCACCCCACUUUGGUGCUCCUGCCAAUGGCCCAUUCAAUCCCGAGACUCAAAUGGUUCCGGUCAUUGGAAUCGAUAAUUCCGAUCUGUUUGAGACCGCCAAGACCGAGUCAAACAGUAUUCAGUAUGGCAAGUUUGCGUCAACCCAGCCUGAGAAGCUCGUGAAGAUCAUCUCCAAGGAGCUCGGUAUUACCGACUACAGCACCAUCGUGAACUGGGAGCUUGAGCUAUUUGAUACUCAGCCCGCUCAGCUCGGUGGCUUGGAGAAGGAUAUGAUCUUUGCCGGUCGUAUUGAUGACAAGCUCUGCUGCUAUGCCGCCCAGGAGGCCCUCAUCGCUUCACCCGAUAGCACAUCGCCCGGAACUGUGAAAAUGGUUGGCAUGUUCGAUGAUGAAGAGAUUGGCAGUUUGCUUCGCCAGGGUGCUCGGUCGAACUUCAUGAGCAGUGUCAUCGAGCGUAUCACCGAGGCAUUCGCUAAAGAUAACUACGGUCCCAACCUCUUGUCCCAGACGGUUGCCAACAGCUUCCUGGUAUCUUCGGACGUCAUCCACGCCGUUAACCCUAACUUCCUGAAUGUUUACCUGGAGAACCACUCGCCUCGCCUCAACGUCGGCGUGGCAGUGUCUGCUGACUCCAAUGGACACAUGACCACCGACAGCGUCAGUGCUGCCAUUAUGAGCCGCGUUGCCGAACGCGCUGGAUCUACCCUGCAAGUCUUCCAAAUUCGCAAUGAUUCUCGUAGUGGUGGCACCAUCGGACCCAUGACUAGUGCUCGCAUUGGUAUGAGGGCCAUUGACUGCGGCAUUCCGCAGCUCAGUAUGCACAGUAUUCGUGCUACUACCGGAAGCCUUGACCCUGGCCUGGGCGUCAAGCUGUUUAAGGGAUUCUUUGAUCAUUUCGAGGCGGUGGACAAGGAGUUUGCUGAUUUCUAG